AUGCAUCCGUCGAGCGGUCGUACGGUAGGUGCGAUCGUGGAAGAGGAGAGACUGAAAGGAAUUUUUCGCAGUGUUGAUGUCAACGGGGAUGGUGAAAUCAGUUCUGGGGAAUUGCAGAGAGCUCUGGGCAAUGGGUCUUUUCAGUAUCCGUUCAGACUGGACGUCGUGGAACGAAUGAUAAGCAUGUUUGACCGCGAUUUUACCGGCACGAUCAAUGCUCGCGAAUUCGUGGCACUUUGGCAGUAUGUGAGCGACUGGGAGAAGGUUUUUCGGCGUUAUGAUACAAAAUCGGACGGGUAUAUUGACCGAGCUCAGUUCGGCACUUGUUUGUACGCCAUGGGCUACCGCUUGAGCCCGUAUGCAGUUGAUAGUGUGGUGAAAAGACACGGCCGGCCGGAUUCUCGCGGUUUACAUUUUGAUGAUUUCCUCGCAUGCUGUGUGACGGUUUUCACGUUGACGGACAUCUUCAGGGUUCACGACACCCGUCAAAAUGGUUACGCUUCCUUCAAUUAUGACGAUUUCAUCAGCAAGUUGUCACGCGCCAAGUAUUAACAGUCCGCUUUAUUCCCUGAGUGAAGUCUGAUUCGUGUAUCCUGUAUGCGCCAUUCCGCGAGUGAUUCGUCAGAAUAUUUUCAAGCUGAUGGAAAAUGUUGCUUUUGACUUUUUCUUUCUCAAUUGGCCUCCGCUUUGUUUUUCCUACUAAACUGGGACUUGAUCUUGAAGGUGAUUAACUUAUGAAGGAAAUCAUAUACACUUAUACAGUACCUUGAGAUCUGGCCUUGAGGUGUUGAAGAUAUGUACUUCAUGAAAAUCCAAUACAGUAUACUGAUAAGAAAACAUGCUUGUCUUAGAGAAAAACUCGAAUUCACGAAGACAAGGAUGAUCUGCAUGACGUUCUAGUUUUCAUAUCUUCUCAUAUCUUUUAAUAUCUUCAUAUCUUUU